UGAAUGUAUUUUACUGCCUGACAGAAGUGAACGUGCAGGUAUCAGGUCGAUUGGUGAUGCCUUCAGGUCCAUCCAGGUGAAACAUCGAGCUGAUUGUUCUGGACUCGAUUACACGGCUCUCCACGUACAAGUUUGUUUUAAAAUGGCGGCGGAAGCGGCGAAAACAGUGGCUUCAUGUGACGGUAGAUGAACCGGGACUGGUGCUGUUUGUGUGCGUUAAGCUGCCUUGAAGGAGCCGAGGAGGAGGAGAUGGUGCCGCCGUAACCACAGCAUCAUCAUGGACCACUCCGGGCGGCGGGUACCUGUCACCCACCUGUAGCRUCCCCCCCGGCCGGCAUGGCGAACACGAACCACGGCGCCCAGAACCAGAGAGACGGCCGCUGUGAUGGAGGAACCAUAGUGGGAAAUGGUUCUGCGGGCAAAGACCUUCCCCCCUCUGACCUCCACAGUGAAACCAACGGAGAGUCCAGUUCAGCUCCACAAAGUGAACUCGUCCUGCCCAGAUUGAUACCUUCCUGCUCCACCACCCCCAUCUACUACAGCAGCCCUCAAAAAAGUUACUCAGACUUGGACYGCCACAGCUUGACUUCUCAGGACUCAGGAAUCCCCACUCUAGAGGUCAACCCUCCGGACCCCGUCCUCCACAGACAAUCAGGUGAUGGCCGCCUCACGCUGGACGCCAGUAGAGACUCGCCUGCUACGUUAACACUCGACGACAAUCCGUCCGACAGCAAUGUCAUGCACAAGUCCUCUACCUUCCCCCGCAGUGGCUACGACUCCAUCCGCCUCUUCAGCACCAACCUCAGAUUACCCCCCACCGCAGGGUUGGGUGUCGCCAGCGGAGCCUUGAACCGCAGCGACGACAUCUCCAUGUGCAGCGUGUCGAGCAUGAGCACGGAGCUGUCGGUCUCUAAUGAAGACAUCUUGGAUUUUACCGUCACGUCUGACUCCAGCGCCGUCGUAACCUUUGAGACGGAUCACGGCGGCUCGGCUCACUUCUCCGACGUGACGUUGUCUUCGUCGCCUGGAGACUCGUGGAGUCCUGGGCAUUUGCAUGUGGAGWUGGGUAUUGAUCAGCAGGAAGAUGGAAGGCUGAAGAAGCUGGGACCUCUGGCGAGCUUGUUCAACAGGAACCUGUUUGCUAAAAAGGUGAAGGAAAAUCGGCCCGCUGAGCCAAGAGAACCKGGCUGGAARCUGUUUGGGAAAGUCCCCCUACGAGAAGGGCCAAUCAAAGACCCCAAGAAAAUACAGAAGGAAUAUGAAACAAAGAGUGGCAGACCUGGACCUGGUAACCCGACAUCCCCCAGGCGGAGUGUGAGAAAAAACCUGGACUUUGAGCCUCUCUCCACCACCGCACUCAUACUCGAGGACAGACCUGCGUGUACGUCUCGACGGGUCAGGGACCUGUGGUGGCAGGGAGUCCCCCCGAGCGUCAGAGGCAAGGUGUGGAGCCUGGCUGUGGGCAACGAGCUCAACAUCACACACGAGCUGUAUAACAUCUGUCUCGCCCGGGCCAAAGAGAAGUGUAGGACCACUGCAGCCCCCUCCACAGACACCGACACUGAAGAUGUUUCAGGUUCUUCAGACCGAGAGUCGAGCCUGGAGCUGAUCAAGCUGGACAUCUCCAGAACCUUCCCCCAGCUGUGCAUCUUCCAGCAGGGUGGGCCCUACCACGACGUGCUGCACAGCAUUCUGGGAGCGUACACAUGUUACCGGCCKGACGUUGGUUAUGUGCAGGGCAUGUCCUUCAUCGCUGCCGUGCUCAUCCUGAACCUGGACACGGCCGACGCCUUCAUAGCUUUUGCCAACCUGCUGAACAAACCCUGUCAGAUGGCUUUCUUCAGAGUCGACCACAGCCUUAUGUUGACGUACUUUGAAGCGUUUGAAGUGUUCUUUGAAGAAAAUUUACCAAAGCUCUUUGCACAUUUCAAGAAAAACAACUUGACCCCUGAUAUUUAUUUAAUCGACUGGAUCUUCACGCUCUACAGUAAGUCCCUGCCUCUGGAUCUGGCGUGUCGGGUGUGGGACGUGUUCUGCAGGGACGGGGAGGAGUUCCUGUUCCGCACAGCACUGGGCCUGCUGCGUCUCUACCAGGACGUCCUGACGUCCAUGGAUUUUAUCCACAUGGCCCAGCUGCUGACCCGGCUGCCUGACCUCAUCACCGCCGAGCAGCUCUUCCAGCACAUCGCUGCCGUCCACAUGAGCAGCCGCAACAGGAAGUGGGCUCAGGUCCUGCAGACGCUGACGGAGCAGAAGAAGUCGGCAGCGAGACAGUCUGGUGCUGAAGCACUGAGCUGAGAUCAGAGGGGGAACACCACACUAGUCCACUCAGACCCCCUCCAGCUUUCAGGAGAACCUGGACUCUCACCAGGCCAAGUGGACCUGAACGAGACAGAUCCUGUCCCGCCAAGCUUGAGGGACAAAUCUUCCUGUAGCUGCUGCUCUUCAAAGAGCCGUGUUGCUGCUCUGACCCAAACCAGCAUCCCAGAGGACGCUCUGUCCCUGACGAGUCAGGGAGGGAAAAAAAAACAAUUUGAGGCCUUAUUUACACCCCCCGCUGAGAAGCCCAGCAGAGACGUGCAGACUGUAGCUGGGACAAGUGAAGAAUGUAAAGCAGCACUCCUCCCACUUCCUGUCAGAACCAUGCUGCAAACAUCUCCACACAUGAAGGAACCCACAGAGACCAGAGUCCACUCAAAUCCUCUGCUGUCCCACAUCUGAGCACCUUUCUUCCUCUUUUCUUUGCUCUGGUUAUUUAACUGACACGCUCCAACCUUCAGGUUCAAAACGAAGGAACAAAACCUCUAUUGUUAGUUUUUUAAUCGUCCUAUAAACCUGUUAGAAAACAGAGCUUUGGUUUUAUAGUUUUACAUGAAGCAGGAAACACGUUGAUUUCUCAUGAGCUUUAUAUGUUUGAGGAACAUUUCAGCUGUUCUGUCUUGAUGUCUUUGUUUGUAAUUAUUUAUUAUUUAUCCUAAAAAGAAACUAAAUGUUGAGUUUCUGCAGACGUGCUGCAGAAGAUUCAAACUUUGCUGUCGUGUGAUUUCACCAGAAGGUAAACGAGGUCCAAUCUUAACACAACAGGAUUGUUUCUGUUUGUGUUGAAAUCAGCAUAUUUUCAGCAUCUCUGUAAAAACAACUUCUGGACUUAAAAACUAAAACCGACUCAGCUUUAAUGCAUUUAUAAAUGUACGGUUUAAAGGAAUAGUUUGGUCGUAUAAACAGUAUCUUACCUGGUGCAGAUAGCUUCUUGGGUGAUCUCAGUUUGGGGAAACAGUUGAGUUCUAACCAAACUGAGGAGCUAAUGGCUAGUGAGGCUAUGAGGCUACAACCACUGGAUUUCUUUUGUCUUGAAACAAAAAUGAGAAUGUUUUAUAACACUGUUUGUUUCACUUUGGUUUUUUAAAUACAAUUUUGUGGUUAUUUA